GAAUGAACAGAGGUGGAAAAGUAAUACAUCACGCUGAACUUCCGUCUGUCUUGAUUUCAGAUCCUUUUGGCCCUCCUUAAUCAUAGCAGCCUUGUUCUUGGGGGUUGCUGUUACCGUUUUGGUCAUGAUUAUGACGCUACGGGUGACAAGCUCAAAUGACGGUGACGACGGGCACGGCGGUAACGAACACGGCGGUAACGAACACAACGGACACGGCGAAACGGAAACCGAGACUGAUGACUACUGGGAUAUAUAUGGCCCCAGGAACACGAAACCUGAUACCAGCUCCCCCAGUACUACAUCCCCGGCUGCAGCUACUACGAAGACCCCGACUACAACUACAACUACCACCACGACCACUACGACUACAACCACGACUACAACUACAACCACAACCACGACCACGACUACAACUACGACGACUACAACGACAACUAGUACUACGACUACGACCACGACUACAACUACGACAACUACGACCACGACUACAACUACGACAACUACGACCACGACUACAACUACGACGACUACAACUACGACGACUACAACGACAACUACGACCACGACCACGACCACAACAACAUCCCGGAAACCACCCCUGCUGGUGUGUACCACAGUUUAUGCGAUCCCAGACGAUGGACAAUGCGACUUCCUCCUUUUUCGAUUCGACACUACCAACCCUUUUGAAGAACAAACGCCAAACAACACGCGCAUAUCAUCCUUCUACACUGAUGGACAGUACUACAAGACGACAAAGCGUGGCGUAGACAUCUCCACAAGUGUACGAGACGAAGCAAGGGUCAGCCUUGAGACCGCCAGUAGCAGGUGGAGUUUCACCGAAGCUUGGGACCAUAAAAUUCGUCAUUACAGCCUCUUCGACGGCGAGCUCGACAACAACACAGCACCGAGUGAAGUAGAUGACGUCAUCAAGUUUCUCAAGACAGUGAAAGAAUCCCAGAGGAGGGCCGAAAAAGCAUCCAUACCAUCCGAAAAGGGAUUUUUGUUUUGGGGGAUCGCUCCGCUAUUCGGGCCCCCGGAUGCUGCGACUACUAUGAAAGAUCACUUCGAAAGAACGGUCAAGGAAGGACAACCCGAUGCUAUUCUCUUUCGCUCGACCUACGUUAAGACUCUCUAUACAAUAUCUCCUUGCGUCUCUACUGGUCCGUCACUCUGGAGCGACGCACCGAUACCAGAACAACCAACCUUCGAACAGGCACUAGAGUUCCGGAAAAAGGUCACCAUCGAUACCAGCCUUCCGCAAAUGUUAUCCCUGUCCACGUUCGGCUUGAUAGCGAAAUACAACCGAAACACGUACGGAACAUCCCAAAAUGCGACGAUUGGAGACGGUGUUUCCUGCAAAGAAAUGAAUGUGGCACUAUGGUAUACCCAAGAUUGCGACGUCUCUGGGAGCAACAUUAUCCGAGACAACGUCCGCUUAACGUAUGUUGGCAGAAAUGACCAAGAAGUAGAAGGCUACGACACAGAAGACACGAUUAAAGCCAAGAUAUGCAAGGCUCAAGUGGAUUACAAGUUUCUUGGUGGUUACGUCGUAUUCGGACUCGACAAGGAUAUCGACCGGGAUAAACGCUGCCGAAACGAGACAUACGUGAAGCUCCAGGGACUCCGCUACAUCAGGGACAACACGUGGACGAAUUUCAAAGACUGCAUAUAAAACAGAAGGACUUGAUAAAUGAAGCAGGAUGUCCUGAUUUCCUUGACUUCGCUGCCUUCCUUCUGCUUCCGCUUUCCUUCGACGAUUGUUUCCUUCAUCAGCUUGAUAAGGGCUGCUGUAGUAUGAUGAAAAUAUAUGAUGAAACUUAUAGUGA